AUCCAACAAACAAGUACCAAGUUUUUUCUAUUAAUAAAAAAAUAUUUUUUCUGUGAUUGUAGAAAACAAAGAUAUAACAAAACCAAAAAUGGUGAAGCCGAGCAAUGAAAGUGAAGAGCAAAGCAAUCUCAAGUACAAAGGAGUUCGAAAGAGAAAGUGGGGCAAAUGGGUAUCUGAAAUCAGAUUACCCAACAGUCGCCAGAGAAUUUGGUUGGGAUCCUACGAUUCCGCCGAAAAGGCAGCGCUUGCUUUUGAUGCGGCAAUGUUCUGCUUACGUGGCCCCAAUGCUAAGUUUAAUUUCCCUAAUAACCCACCCGAUAUAGCGGCCAGCAGCUCCAUGACACCCUCACAAAUUCGGAUCGCCGCUGCCAGAUUCGCAAACUCAAGGGUCCAUGAGGGGGAUUUGGGUCAACCCAAAUUGUUGCCUAUGGAAUGUUCCUCAGAGGGGACAACCUUACAAAUGGAAUCUCGGUCGCCUUCUAUUUCGGAAAGGACUAUCCAAAAGGACAGUGACGUCACUCUCAAUGGUUCGGCUCUGGAUUUGUUCACGCCCAAUGGGUUGGGUAAUCAUGUACCCGAUUACGGGAAUUUCCCUGGUUUUGAUAAUUUGAGUGGUGAUUUUUACAUGCCGCAAAUGCCUAGUGUUAAUUAUGGAGAAGAAAACAUGGAUGGGUUGCUAGUUGAUGACUCUUUCUUGUGGAGUUUUUGACGCUGUAAAUAGUAGAAUACGGUACAUUCUAUUCAGGAUUCACCAGCAACGUGUAUCAAGGUUGUGGACAACUUUAUUGUUUCUGGAACUGUGUCAACAAUCCGGUGUCGGUGUCGGUGUCCAUUCUGGUUUUGGAUUGGUUAUUUUUUAGACAACCAAACCAUGGAUUGUUUAUUUAAUUGCUUUGUUUUAUUUGAUUGGUGGUUUACCAUCUAUGUGAUCUCUCUAGCACUAAGGAGUAAUGCAAUGGUCAAGAAAGAAGUUGUAAAGUUAUUGACAUAUUUAAUUUUUAAAUCUAAU